GAGGAAGGAAGGGUUGUGACUUCUCACUUGUAGUCCAGCUCGAGCGCUGUCACCCCGCCGCUGCUUGUAGGUUCCUAUCAUAAUCACUCCCAGUUUAUUUAAAACAAAAGUCAAGUGUUUACGAAAUGGAGGGUCCCUACAAAUUCCCCGUCUUCUUCGAGUGUGCAAGCGUGGACGGAGAGCAGAAGAAGAAGAUCGAAAGUCACUUUAAAAUUCGCCGCAGAUCCGGAGGAGGGGACUGCGGACCUGUGACAAAUGUCAGCGACAAAGUUUACAGCAUCGCUUUUAGAGAUCGGGAUGCUCAGCAGAGGGUCCUGCAGAGAUCUGAGCACGUCUUGGAGUCUUCUGGUGGUCCUGUGAAACUGACUGUACGAAGCAGCCCGAUAUCUGGAAGAAAGUCAAUGAGCCCAAUGCCGAACUUCUCUUUAUCAGAGCAGAGUCUGCCGUCAUCUCUAACUCCUAGCUUUCUUACAAGUGGGGAAGAACAUGAACUACAUUGUGAUAAUUACCUCCUUCGUUACCUAAAGGAGUGCCCGAAAGCUAAUAAAGCACUUGAGAAAGAACUUGCUUCUGUUUCCUGUGCUGCCCAGCUUUUCCCAGAGGAAGGUAGGGUGAUAGUUAGGAGUAUACCUCCUCCUGAUGUUGUUCAUGACAACACAGAUUGGAAAGGUAUGGCAGCCAAAAUCUUUGAUGGUUACAUGUGCCACUAUGAGGUUGAACCUAACAAAGUUAGAGCUUUGCUUCAGUCCUGCAGCUCAGCUCAGAUCACAUAUGAUGUGAAUGUUUACAGCGAGGUUGGGAUGGCUGUUGUUGCAGGGAGGUGUCCACAGGUGGAGGCCAUGUUGAUGGCUGUAGAGGACUUGAAUAUUAAACGAGGGCUACGUUCAAGUAAGAAACAAACCAGCACUCGGCGACUAGGCAAGGCCAAACUCCGCCUCCUCUGGAAAGAGAUUGAGAACAGUUUGGGACGAGAUUUUCCAGAAAUGAAGGUCACCCAAGGGGAUGUAGGUCAGAUCGUCUUGGAAGGUUCCAUGGACGAAGUCCUCAAGGCUGGACAAAUGAUCUCUAAUGAGGAGAAGUUGGUGCUACAAAGGACAGUUUCUGACGUGAGCCCACACUUUUUGGCCUUCUUGAGGAAGGCCUUUGGAGAACCAGGGAUGCUAGGGGACUUUUUGGAUGUUGGAGAUCAAGUGGAAGUAGAAUUAAGAGAUGCUGAGCUUUGUAUAUUCACUUUCUCUGAUGAUAAACUGGAUGACACCGAAAGAAAACUGCAUGAAAAGUUCAAGGAAGACAAAUUUUAUAUUCCUUACUGUUCCGUUGUUCCAUCUGAGCUUCAGGAAAAGCUUAAGUGCAAAACUAAUGAGAUGAACCAAGAACAAUAUAGGGCUCAGGUUGCGUUUAGCUCAGACAACAAGGUGUGCUUACUGGGCCACACCAAGGAGUUUGAAGAGCUGACUAAAGUUGUCGAAGAGUUCAUUUUGGACCAGUCUAGUACUGAAGGCCAAGUUAUUCUUCCAUUCCCAGAGUUAGCACAAGUGUUGACAGAACUACUGCAGCUGCAUAAGAUGGACCAUUCUGGGGUUACCAUCCGUCCUUUGACAUCUUCCAUUAGGCCCAUGGUUUUGCUGGAAGGUCCAAUGGGGAAAGUUACAGAGGUCAGGAACUGGCUGGGUCCAUUUCUGGACUCCCUUGUUCAAGACAGAGUCACCAUUGACAUGCCAGGGGCAGUGAGGUAUUUUGAAAGUCCCUCUGGCAGAGAGAACAUUUUAAGUGUUGCUCAUUCUCAAAAGUGUCUCUUACAGCUUCAAGAGCAACCUGGUACUUCAAGACAGGGUUUGGCAUCCUGUACCCUUGCUACUUACAGCCUUCAACGGGGGCUUCAGGUGCUGGUGUGUCAGGGGGACAUCACCAAACAGAAUGCUGAUGCCCUGGUGAACGCUGCCAACGAAAGACUUGAACAUGGUGGAGGGGUUGCUGCCGCACUGAGCAAAGCUGGUGGCCCUAUGGUGCAGAAGGAGAGCAGUUUACUUGUAAAGCAAACUGGAAAAAUACCUACAGGUGAUGUGGUAGUCACUACAGGUGGGAACUUGAAAUGCAAGAGGUUGCUGCAUGCUGUUGGACCGAUAGGUGGGAAAUCAGGUGGCAAAGAGAGGGAGUUGCUGGAAAAAACAGUCCUGUCUGCUCUGAAUUUAUCAGAAUUGAUGGAUUUUGAGUCCAUAGCCAUGCCCUGUAUCAGCUCUGGUUUGUAUGGUGUUCCGGUCACUGUGUGCUCUGAGGCUAUCGCAACUGCAGUGAAGAAAUUCAGCAGUCAGGAAGGCAGAAAUCUGAGCAGAAUCAUGUUGAUUGAUACAAGGGAAGAUAUUGUGAGGGCAAUGCAGGAAGCAUGUGAUAGGAUUCUCCAAGGGAUCAUUGUAGGAAAAAAUGAAAGUGGUAGGGAGUUCCAGAGGGGUAACACUGCACAAGAUGCAGCAACAGGAGCAACUGCUGGAUUUCCUGGAGAAGAUGUCCAUGUUGAGAUCAUUCAAGGAACCAUUGAGACCCAGCAGGUGGAUUAUCUGGUAUGUCCAAUGGCGGGGCACGAUCCUCUCUCUACCCGUAUUGGAAACAUUUUGUCCAGAGUGGUUGGACAUCAGCUCACUGCAAAGUUUUACCAGGAAGCAGGGGGAGCUACAUUGCCUGGUGACACAGUUUUGGUAGAGGACUUGCCUGGACUUCAAUCUAAAGGAGUUAUCUUCCUCAACCUCGUUCCCUGGGAUAAUCACCAACAAGGAUCUGCAGUCCAGGUUCUGAGGCAAGGCAUUAGGAAAAUCCUGGCUUCCUGUGGGAUCAGAGGCUGUAGUUCAGUUGCACUUCCAGUGCUUGGCUGUGGGGCUGCUCUGCGUUUUCCUCACAGUGUGGCUUCCAGGGUUGUUCUGGAGGAGAUCAAAGAAUUUGAACAGAACCGAGUCAGCAAAACAGCUUUCCUUGUCCGUACAGUCAUUCACCUGGAUGACAAAGACUCAAGCAAGGCCUUCCAGUCUGCGCAGGAACAUUUGCACCUCAGAGGAUUUACAAAUGAUGCCAAUCCAAACCAAGCUUCCUUCUACCGCCAUGUCUCCGUAAGCAAUGACGAGGUCACAGCUAUGCUGGGUGGAGUCAAGCUUCAGAUGGUCAAUGGUGACAUAAUUCAUGAGACCACUGAUGUCAUUGUCAACACGACAGACUUCUCCAGCAAUCAAUCUGGUGUGUCCAAAGCCAUUCUGACUGCGGCAGGGUCCACUGUUCAAGCAGAGUUAGCCAGAGUGGGCACUCCAACAGACCGUUAUCACACUACAGGACCUGGAUCGCUAGGCUGUAAAGAAAUCAUUCAUGCUAGUUUCAUGGGUGAUCCCGGGGUAAUUCGUAAGAAGUGCAAGAAAAUACUGGAGCAGUGUGAGAACAAAGGCUACUGCUCUGCAGCUUUCCCAGCUAUAAAUACAGGUGCUGCUGGCGUGGACUUUGUUAAAGCUUGUAAAGCCAUGCUGGACGGCAUGACCUCAGCCAUAACGGACUUGAAACCAAAUUCUCUCUCAAUCAUCCGUAUCGUCAUCCUGGAACAACCUGUCUUUCAGGCGUUCAGAUCAGAGCUGGAGAACCGCUUUGGACAAACAGCCGCUCGCCACCUCACCACGAAAGAGAAAGCUAAACAAAUGCUCAAGAAGUGGAAAACAAAGAUGUCAAGCUCCUUCACAACGUCCGAAAUUCAAGACAAAACCCUCCUCCCCUUUAAGCCACCACCAGCCGUGAUAAGUGUGAUCAGUUGUGGUGGUCCAGACACCAUCAGGACCAUCAAGAGAGAUCUGGAGGGUCUCCUGCAGAAGCAGCUCGAAGAGAGAGUGGUGGAUGUGCACGACUUUUCCAGGCUUCAACCCAUGGAGCUGGAGGCAGUGCAGGCAAAAGUCCGAGUCUUAGCGAUAAGCCUGGAGAUUCAGAGACGUCAAGGAUCUGAAGGGUCGGAUGGAAACAGAUCGGAAAAUGCAGCCGGAGUUGACGCUCAAGAGAGGACAGGUUCAAGGAGAGACGUCUACGUGCUGAAAGGCCUUAAAGAGGACGUCCUGAGUGUCACUGAGCUCGUAAACAAAGCAAUCCAAAAAGCGCUGUGCAAAGAUCUCCAAGACAAAGAAGAAGCAAUGUUGGCUCUGAAUGUCCAGUGGUCUUUUCAGGACAUAAAGGGAACCUGGCGAGAGCUGAGUAUGCAUGACAACUACCUGCUGGAGGAGGCCAACUUGAACAAAGACGUGUCAGUAGACAUAACAUCACCAGACGGCGUGAAGGUGAAAGUAAACCUGACGGCAGGAGAAGCCACAGAUUGGGUAACAGGCAUCACUUACAAAGUGAAAAGAAGCAAGACUGAAACAACCUUAGAGUUUCCAGAACACUGGGAACCUAUGGAAGAGGAAGUCUUUAAAAAGGUAGAGCUGCAGCCUACCUCACCAGAGUACCUGAAUGUGGCUCAAGGUUUCCUCCGGACGGCUAAAUAUAACAUUUGCAAAAUUGAGCGUGUGCAAAACAGCUACCUGUGGCAAGCCUAUUCUGUGUGCAGGCAGCGUAUAUCUGCCAAGAACGGUCCAGCAGAGCUCGGGGAGAAGGCUCUUUACCACGGCACAUCUGCGAAGUCAUGCGACUGCAUCGAGAGAGACAAGUUUGACAGAGCCUACGCAGGAACACAUGCUGCUCGCUUUGGAAAGGGAGUUUACUUCGCAGUCCAUGCAAACUAUUCAGCAGGUGGAUUUUCGCCACCAGACGCGCUGGGCCUGAAGCGAAUGUAUGUCGCUCGAGUCCUCACCGGCCGUCACACUGUCGGUGCUCCUUCCAUGAGAGCCCCCCCGCCUCGAGCCGCAGACCGGACCGACUGCUUCGACAGUGUGGUGGACAACCUGCAGACACCCGCCAUGUUUGUGAUCUUCCACGAUGACCAGGCCUACCCAGAGUACCUCAUCACCUUCAAAUGAAGAAGACAUAGCUGCAUACUGUCAGGUGAUGGUGAUUUAUAAAAAUUAGAUAUAAACCUCAAAUGCCUUCUUUUAGUUCAUGUAAUCUUUUUUGAAGGAUAUUUUUGGGUUAAGGUUAGGGCCAGUUUGCCUUUAUUGGAUAGGACAGCUGAAGGGAGACAGGAUAUGCUGGGAGAAGAGAGACUGUGAUAAGGAUAUAGCCUCUGAACAUGGGGCACGGGACGUAUCCACUAGGCUAUCCAGCACCCCCAUGUAAUUGUUUCUUUUUUCUUUAUUGUCUCAUAUUAAGGGGAGUGCAAUUAUUUUGGAUUUGGCAAAUAUCUCUCUAUGAGGUGAGGGCAUUUUCUUUAAAGUCUUAGUGAAAAAAAGUUUUAUUUAAAGAAGGAUUUGUUUGUAAGUAAGCUUGUACGUUUAUGUACUGUAUGUGUGCAUGUGUGUCUGUGUGUGUGUGCCUGCCAAGUGGCAGCCUCCAGUGUUGAAAGAUAAAGCCAAAAGUACAAAAUCCUGCAGUUCAUCGAGGGUCAGCCACAUUUAUUGAAACAAAAAUGUCCCCUGCAGUUACAGAUGGGUGACGUCACUCAGGCUCCGCCCAUUAAUAUUAACCAGCUCAUUAGGUUAAUUGGUGACUCUAAAUUGCCUAUAGGUGUAUUUGGCUGGUUGUCUCUAUAUGUCAGCCCUGUGAUUAACUGGCAAAGCAUCCAGGGUGUACCCCGCCUCUUGCCCAAUGACAGGUGAGAUUGGCUCUAGCGCCCCCGCGACCCCGAACGGACAAAAGUGGUAAAAGAUAAUAACCACCUACUUUCCUGGGAGCUCUUGAGCUCUCUUAGGCUCCUCGAGAUCGUUGGUUGACGGCCUGCCAGAACAACCCCCCCCUCCCCACCGGAUUGUUGAUGGACGGCUUGCCUGAACAACACCCCCUCCCCCACCCCCCACCCCUUGCUCCCUAUCCCUCUUCCUGCAUUUUAUCCCAUCUCUCAAGCACGGCGCAGUCUAGGCCCGUGAAGGCCGUUUUAUCAUGAGCCGGGGAUCCGGCCGAAGAUUUCUGCCUUUUAAUAAGACAGUUUUUUCUUACCACUGUAACUUUUGCUGCUUUGCUAAAGUGCUCAUGAUGGAUAGGCCGGAUCUUUGUAACAUAACAAUAAGUAAGGUCUUUUACCUGCUUUUUGUAACAUAACAAUAAGUAAGGUCUUUUACCUGCUCUUUUGUAAUGUUAAAAGACAAAGAUUAAGGUCUUUUACCUUCCUGUUUGUAAAGUGUCUCCAGAUAACACUUAUUAUGAGUUGACGCUAUACAAAUAAAAAUUGAUUGAUUGAUUGAUUGAUUGAUAAUGGAUGGUGCAUGCGUGCGGUAUAUAUGCUGUGUAUACAUUUAGAGAUUUGUUAUUAUGCAGGUUUUUUCUGUCUGGGUUAUUACUUUGGGUCAGAGUUUAUUCAGGGAACUCAGUGCAGAAUGGUAAGAGAUUCCAUAUUAAUUGAAAUAUAAGAGAAACAGCUGACACUCAAAUUUUAAUCUCAAAAGUAGAACACGCCUCUAUCCCCUUAUUGUCAAUAUUAAAGAACCUUUCUAAUUGAUUAAAAAAUACAACUGCUUAUCCUUGUUGGGAGCACGGUACAAAUGAGAUACUAGAGUUGAGUAACUGUUUAAUCAGGAGGAGGGACUGUAUUGAUGUGCCAGGUCUUCACAAAAUCUAGUUUGUUACACAUAAAAGAAUGACAAUAACAGUUCUCAAACCUUUAUUGGAAGUUUAAGUUGGAUAAAACCUUUAACAAUGUCACUGAAACACCUACAAUAAAAUGCUGAAACUAU